GUUCACAGUCACUCAGUCAGUGUUUGUUGCGACCUCGACCAGCAAGCAUCGCAGCAACAUUUCAGUGCUACAAUCGCGUGAUUAUACGCGUCCUUCCCCCAUUAAUUCCCCUCCCCUUCACGGAUAUUUCCAAUUAUCAGUAAUUAUCGGAGACCAUUGUAAUUAUAAGAAGGAUAAAACAACUGCUGGAGCAAUCGGCGGUGAUCGGUUCAUAAAUGAUACGUCUGAUUGGAUAUUCAUCGAAAGCCCAUUGACUUCGAGUUUAACCAAGUUCUGAGCAAUUGCAUAAUGGGUGCUAAGUGCUUUUGGAGUAUCUUGGUGCUCUUGACGUGCAUCACAUGUGUCGCACUUGGAAAUGUGCAGAGCAAGGUCAGGUGCACCAAGGACUCCAUGGAAGUGGAGAUUUCCAGGAGUAGCCCUCAAGCAAAAAUUUAUCUUCAGCAGCUGAAGAAUUAUCCGGAUGAGGUCUGCAAGCCUGUUCUCAGCGAUGGCGUUGCCACUUUCAGACUCUCAUUGACGGAACAGGCCAUGUCUCAGUGUGGGGUCACACGGGUUGUUAAUAAAGUCACGGGUCAGAAAGUUUAUUACCACCGGAUAAUUGUUGAGGAGCCAGAUGAUUCAACGAAGCACAAAUUCACGGUAAAAUGCAUUGUUACUGAGUUUAUUCUCCAUCCUGAGGUACCAUGGAACCACACGAUUGUGAGAAGAAAUAUUCUGCCAGCUGAAUUUAAAGAGGACGACACCAUUGAUUUUCGUGGUGAAAUAAAUGGUACAGCACCAAUACCCUUGCUAAAUGUUGGGGUACGACAAAAUGGUAAUCUUGUGACUGGUGAGCUGAAUGUCAGCCCUGGUACACCGUUGCAGAUGGAAAUCUAUCUGGAUAAUAAUUCAUCGCAUGUUUAUGGUCUUCUCGUGACUUAUAUGCAGGUCACUGACACCAAGUACGCAGAGGAGACCAUCAUCUUCAACGGGUGCUCGGUGGAUCCCUAUCUCUUCGAGAACUUUAAUACUGUCGACGGUGACUUCCUCACUGCUAAAUUCAGGGCCUUCAAGUUUCCUGAGAGCACUUACGUACAGUUCACAGCGACCGUUAGUGUUUGUCUCGACAGAUGCGAGGGGGUUGAGUGCAGCAGUGGACAGACUGGAUUUGGUAGGAAGAGACGAGCCAUUAUCUCUGAUGCUAAAAAUGAAAAAUUUGUUUAUACAACAACGACAUUUAUGAGGGUCGACUGGGAUGAGAAUACUAUCGGAAAUGAGUCUCUAUCCCACUUCGUGAGGAAAGGGAAUCGCAGAUUAGCACAAGCUGAACAGUCGGUAAUUGGGGAGCAGAUUAAGGAGCAAUUAUUUUACAAAGUAACUGAGGCAGAAGUCAGUGCGGCGAGUGCAAUUUCCCAGAGUUUUUUUCCGAUUCUAUUCCUCUGCAUUCAGAAAUUAAUCUAAGAAUGAUGCUCCAACAGAAUCGAGGGACUAUUGUUAAUUGAGUUAAGAUGUAAAUCAGCUAAAUGGAACACUCGGUGUAUUUAUUUCCUCGGAAGCAACGCCAUGACUCUUAUCGCUCGUUCAACCAAUUCAUUUGACUGCUGAAUGAGGUGCUGAGCGUUCCAAAUGUUUCAACCACUUAAUGUGAUACUAAAAUAACGUUUAAAUCAUUGCAAUAGGUGUUAGAGGACAAACGAACGAAGUCGCGCUAGGAAAUGUUGACGAUAAAUAAUGAAAAAUGAAAAAAACAAUAACUCGAUUGUUUCUCCACUCUGCGACUGCUACAUUUUUAACUAUUCAUGUUUUUUUUUUUACGUAAAAUUGGCUUUUGCAAGUGGAGAAAGCUGAGGAACUAGUCGUACGACGUCGUUGAGUAAUUACAUUAAUUCUAAGUGUAAUUUCUAAUGAUUAAUUAUGAAUUCUCUCUUUCAUAACAGCUAUUUUUGAAUUUAAUAAAGGCAAUUUUCAAAUAUUA